GGUCGGGUAAACGAUAUUAAUCGCGGGCGCCCUCUCGUCUUCUUCCCUCAGUAUCACAUCCACUCAACCACUUCCAACUCCUUUCGGAUUCCUUGAUCGGAAUUCCGCAGCGAGAAUGGGUCUCCGAGGCACGCUAUGCGCUCUGGUUUUGGUGUCGAUUUCAUGUUGGUGUUCUGCUUCCGGGAUCAAAGCUAACCAGACGGCGACGUUGCUCGUUGAUGCUUCACCGGGAAUGGGACGGAUGAUGCCCCAGAACAUGUUCGGCGUCUUCUUCGAGGAGAUCAACCAUGCUGGAGCAGGUGGACUAUGGGCGGAGCUUAUAAGUAAUAGAGGUUUUGAAGAUGGAGGUCCCAAUACUCCUUCGAACAUAUAUCCAUGGUCCAUAAUCGGGAAUGAAACAAACAUUAUUGUAUCAACUGAUCGAACAUCUUGUUUCAGCCGCAAUAAGGUUGCACUUCGAAUGGAAGUACUAUGUGACAAUAACGGAUCCAAUAUUUGUCCAGCAGGAGGUGUUGGUGUAUACAACCCUGGUUUCUGGGGCAUGAAUAUUCAGCAAGGGAAGGCCUAUAAGAUUGCCCUUCAUGUGAGGACUUCGGAGUCGAUGACCUUAUAUCUUUCACUGACAAGUUCAGAUGGCUCGCUAAACCUGGCUACUGCUACAAUUGAAUCUGAUACUUUAGAGAAGACAGACUGGACCAAGGUUGAGCUUCAGGUUGAAUCUAGUGGAACAAAUGUAAAUGCAAGAUUUCAACUGACAACCACUACAAAAGGUGUGAUAUGGUUGGAUCAAGUUUCUGUGAUGCCCUUGGACACAUAUAAGGGGCAUGGUUUCAGGAUGGAGCUUGCUUCGAUGCUAGCAGAUCUGAAACCUCGAUUCCUCAGAUUUCCAGGUGGCUCUUAUGUUGAAGGAGAAUGGUUAAUGAAUGCAUUUCGAUGGAGAGAAACCAUUGGUCCUUGGGAAGAGAGACCUGGGCAUUUCAAUGAUGUUUGGAAGUAUUGGACUGAUGAUGGACUUGGAUUUUAUGAGUUCCUUCAACUAGCAGAAGACAUUGGUGCUCUCCCACUGUGGGUGGUCAAUACUGGAAUAAGCCACAACGACCAAGUUAAUCCCUCAAGCAUAUCAGCUUUUGUAAAGGAUACGCUUGAUGCUAUUGAGUUUGCUAGAGGUGAUUCUGGAUCUAAAUGGGGCUCUAUUCGAGCAUCAAUGGGACAUCCGGAACCCUUUCAACUGUACUAUGUUGCCCUUGGGAAUCAGGAUUGUUCUAAGAGAAACUAUAAAGGAAAUUACUUGAAGUUCUAUUCCGCCAUUAAAGAUGCCUAUCCGGAUAUUCAAGUUAUAUCAAACUGUGAUGGGUCUUCUGGCCCUUUAGAUCAUCCUGCUGAUCUAUUUGACUUUCAUGUUUAUACAUCUGCGAACAACAUGUUUUCCAUGGCUCACCAAUUUGAUCGCACAUCACGUAGUGGCCCCAAGGCCUUUGUUAGUGAGUAUGCUGUGACUGGAAAAGAUGCUGGCAAAGGUAGCUUUUUAGCAGCUCUGGCUCAAGCUGGUUUUCUUAUUGGGUUGGAGAGAAACAGUGACAUUGUUGAGAUGGCAAGCAAUGCACCACUUUUUGUCAAUGACAAUGAUCGAAGGUGGAGUCCAGAUGCAAUUGUCUUUAACUCGUGGCAGCAAUAUGGAACACCGAGCUACUGGAUGCAGCACUUCUUCAAGGAAUCAAGUGGUUCAACUAUUCAUCCUUCUGUCUUACAAGCUAGUUCCACCAAAUCGUUGAUGGCAUCUGCAAUUACUUGGCAGAAAUCUGAAGAUGGCAACAAGUACCUUAAAAUAAAGAUAGUCAACUGUGGCAGUGACCUUGUGAAUCUAAAGAUCUCUGUCACUGGACUAGAGAAUGAUGUUUGCUCAUGUGUAUCUAAGAAGACUGUGCUCUCAGGUGGAUUGACAGAUGAGAAUUCAUUCAGGGAACCAAAAAAGGUGUUUCCAGUUAGCAGCAAGCUUCCAAAUGCAGGGAGUAACAUGGAUGUUGUGAUUACCCCAUAUUCCCUCAACGCAUUCGAUCUGUUUCUUGCUCCACCAGCAUCCUACAGCUCUUCAAUGUAAUUAGAGUUGUGGCAUGUAAUAAUGGUUUAAUUCGUGUGUAAUGUGACCUUAUCCGAUUGAUGAAAUAUGCAUACUUAUUGAUCAAUGUAAAUCGUAUUUAGCAAUGAAUGCUAAGCACAACAGCAUGUA